UUAUGUGUAACACUUCCAUGGCAAGAAAUCGGCCCCCACAUAAUAUAUAAAACAACAAUAUCCUUCAUAAUCUGCUCAUUACAAUCUUCAGUUUGUAACAAUGGCUGCUUUCAUCUUUUUUGUAACUAUGUUCACGUUGAUGGCGAGUACCACCCCUCGAGCAGAUGCUGCUGAAACUUCAGCUGCGGCUGUAGUUAUAAGAGUUGACCAAUCAGGGAAAGGAGACUAUAAAAAGAUACAAGACGCUAUUGAUGCCGUGCCAUCAAACAACAAACAACCUUUUUUCAUAUUGGUUAAGCCUGGAAUCUACAAUGAAAAGAUCAUUGUGCCUGGAGACAAACCUUUCAUUACGGUAAGCGGUUCCAAGACAAAUAGCACGGUAAUAACGAGGAAUGAUAGUGGAAAUAUAAUUGAAUCCGCUACUUUUACUGUGUUGGCCUCGAAUUUUGUUGGUCAAUAUAUAACGAUUAAGAAUACGUUCCGACAUCAUGGAAUUCAAGCAGUGGCAUUAAGGGUAUCUGGAGAUAAGGUAGUUUUCUUAGGAUGCAAAAUUUUAGGUUACCAAGAUACAUUGCUAGAUGAAAAUGGUAGACACUAUUAUCGCGGCUGUUACAUUGAAGGAGCUGUUGACUUCAUUUGUGGGAAUGCCGCUUCCCUUUUUGAGAGGUGCCAUUUGCAUACAUUGUCAGAAGAGUUUUCAGCCAUUACAGCACAACAAAGGGGGUCACCGACGGAGGAGACAGGGUUUACAUUCUUGGGUUGCAAGAUAACUGGGGAGAGGACUGCUAUAUUAGGAAGGCCAUGGGGUUCUUAUUCCAGGGUCAUUUUUGUCUUGACCUAUAUGUCUAAUGUCAUUCUGCCACGAGGAUGGGACGAUUGGGGAGACGCAACCAAGCAAAGCACGGUGUUCUAUAGAGAGUAUAAAUGUUACGGGCCAGGAGCUAAUACAAGUAAAAGAGUUGAAUGGUCGCAGAAGCUGACGGCCGAAGAGGCGAAGAUUUUCUUGACUAAGAACAUGAUUAGUGGCAAGAGUUGGAUCAGAUCUACCCUCAAACAUGUUAAGAAAGUUUCUACUGCCAUUUCUAACAAUUCCACGGGACAUUCCUGAUCAUCAAGUUUAUGUAAAAUAUUAGAUUUAUUUGUAAUUAUUUCAACAUACAAGAAAAACUCUUCCCUGUUAAAA